AUGGCCAAUCAUCGUCCACCAAGUUUUUUUAUAGAAGAACUUAAUGUAUACUGUCAGAAGCACAACAUGGUACUUAAGUAUCAGGAACUGUCUAAGACAGGACCUCCACAUAACUUAAGGUUUAAAUACCAAGUUAUCAUAGAUGAGAGAGAAUAUCCAGAAGCUGAAGGUAAAUCGAAGAAGGAGGCCAGAAAUGCUGCAGCCAAAUUGGCGAUUGAAAUACUUAAUAAAGAAAACAAGGCAGUUAGUUCUGUAUCACUGCCAACAACACAUUCAUCAGAAGGAUUAGGAUUAGGAUCCACUGGGAAUUUCAUAGGCCGUAUCAAUAGGCUUGCCCAGAAGGAACAACUGUCUGUAAAUUAUGAACAAUGUGAACUGAAAGAACCUGGGCCUGAAAGAUUUCAUUAUAGAUGCAAAAUUGGACAGAAAGAAUACGGUAUUGGUGUAGGUAGUACUAAGCAAGAAGCCAAACAGUCAGCUGCUAAGCUUGCGUAUGAGCAGAUACUUUCAGAGAAAACCUCAAUGAAAGCUGACUCGGUAUUAGCUGGUUCUUUGAUUACUUCGCCUGGUGACUCUGGAAGCAACACUUUGGUGAAAAGCAUAUCUGCUCCUGAAUCACCAUCUGAAAAUGAUUUCUUGGAAAAUUCAUCAGGAGGAAGUUGUGACAGGGGCCGUGUAAACAAUUCUUCAUCUCCUAUGGACAAUGUCAGAAAUAGUGAAAAGAAGGUGAAAAGAAGUUUGGCACCUACAUUUAACUCUCCUGUGACAAAAGACAGCAGGUGUUCUGUGGAACUCAGGUUUACCAGUGAUUUUACAGAAAUAGAACCGAUUGGUUCAGGUGGAUAUGGCCAAGUUUUCAAAGCAAAACACAGAAUUGAUAGGAAGACUUACGUUGUUAAACGUGUUAAAUAUGAUAGCGACAGGAAGGCAGAGCGUGAAGUAAAAGCUUUGGCAGCUCUCAAUCACCCAAAUAUCGUUCACUACUACAGCUGCUGGUUUGGCGAUGAUUACCAUUCUGUGGACAGCAUUAACACUUCAAGACCAAAGACUAAGUGCCUUUUCAUCCAAAUGGAAUUCUGUGGUAAAGGGACUUUGGAGCAAUGGAUUGACAGCAGAAGAGGCCAGACACCAGACAAACAUUUGGCUUUGGAAUUGUAUGAACAAAUAACAGCAGGUGUGGAUUAUAUACAUUGCAAACAGUUAAUCCAUAGAGACCUUAAGCCAGGUAACGUGUUUUUGGUAGAUACAAAACAAGUAAAGAUAGGAGACUUUGGACUUGUGACAUCCCUGAAAAAUUACGCAAAUCGGACAAGGAAUACAGGAACUCUUCGAUACAUGAGCCCAGAACAGAUUUCUUUACAAGAAUAUGGAAACGAAGUGGACAUCUUUGCUUUGGGGCUAAUUCUCGCGGAACUCCUUUACAUAUGUCCCACGGUUUCAGAAACAUUACAGAUUUUUAAAGAGCUAAGGGACGGCAAGUUCUCAGAUGUAUUUGAUGGCAGAGAAAAAAUUCUUCUGCAAAAAUUACUGUCACCCGAACCCACGAAACGGCCUCAUGCAUCUGAAAUACUGGAGACUUUGAAGGAGUGGAGGAAUGUAAAAGAGAAUAUGAAACGAAGCACAUGUUAG